UCAUAAACCCUGAAACCCUAAAUUCCUACACAAUCACCAUUUUGCAGCAUCGAACGAAAACCCUACUCUCGUUGCAUUCGAUCUCGUUUCUUCAAGAGUGUGAAAAUGUCGGUGGGAGAGGUUGCUUGUAGCUACUCACUCAUGAUCCUUCAUGAUGAUAACAUCGCCGUCACUGGUGAGAAAAUCUCAACUUUGUUGAAAGCUGCAAAUGUUAAUGUUGAAGCUUACUGGCCAAGCUUAUUCGCCAAACUUGCCGAGAAGAAAAACCUUGAUGAUUUGAUAUUGAAUGCUGCUGGAGGUGGGGCUCCCGUUUCUGUUUCAGCCCCAGUUGCUGCUGCUGCCACCACUGCAGUUGCUGCUCCAACUGAGGAAAAGAAGGAAGAACCAAAGGAAGAGAGUGACGAAGACAUGGGAUUCAGCUUGUUUGAUUAAGAGCAUUUCUUGCAUGAUCUGGUUAUCUAAUUUUUGUACUUGGUUAUUUAGUGGAUCUCAAUUUUGUUUUGUUUGCAUAAUUAGGUCAAGAUUUUGUCAUGCUUUUAAUGUUAGAAUUUGAGUUUGAGUUGGUAUCGAUUUUUCAAAGAACUAAAGAAUGACAAGUUAUUUCUUUUGUUAAUGUGUGCCUCCUGCACUGGUUUGUGAAAAUUUUUUAAUGUCUACAGUUCUCAAUUUCUA